AUGUCUGUAGGGUCAACACAAUUAGAACAUUAUUAUUCUUCAAUGAAUUCAGUCAAUAAUUCAUCAAAAAAUUCGUAUUCUCCUUAUUAUGAAUAUUUAAAUGUUGGUUCAGCAGCUUCUGCUACUUCCUCAUAUCCCCAAUCUAUACAACAACAACAAUCUACAAAUUCGUUGCUUCAGCCAACAGCUACAUCAGCAGUUGUUGCUCUAGGUGGUGGAGGAGGAGGGCAACAACACCAAGAUUGGCCUUAUAUGUCCUAUAAUACUCUUCACCAUCACAAUCAACACCAUCAACAACAACAACAACUUCAUCUACAUCAACAACAACAACAACAAUUAGGUUAUUUAAAUCAACUAGAUAAUUGUGGCAAUUCCCUCAUUGAUCAACAACAACAAAGAAUCUUACUUUACAAAAAUAAUGGCAAUAAUAAUGGAGAUGAAGUUGGAGGAGGUGUUGCACUUCUUUCUCCUGUAGAUUCUGGUAUUGGACAAGAACUCUUGUUGGAACAGGCAAAACAGGCUGGGAGGCAUUCUUGUCUUAUUCCAGAGUCAUCACACUUUUCUUAUUUUCUUAAAUUUAUAAUCCAAUUCAUUCACAUUCCUGUGGUACUCACUUCUCGUGCCUUUCUAAAUCCCUUCCUUUUUCAGCAGUUACACGAAUUCUUCGGCCCAGUAUCAUUAUCCUCAGCAGGUGUUCUCGUACCUUCACAGCAACAACAUUCUUCAGUUAUUCACCAACAUCACGGAGAUAAUACCGGACAAGAUACCCUCAAUCAUGCCCUUAUACUCCAACAACAACAAAGUCAACAACAACAAAAUAGGCAGAGAGAACAAAGGAGUAGUGCUGAAUCUAAUCAAUCAGCACAGUUGCAACGAGUACAUGAAUCUAGAGAACAAUCAAUUCCUGUGUGUAUCCCAAAAUUAGAUAAUCAAUUGGGCUUUCAAUAUACACUUGAAGCACCGAUCUCUACAUCUAUUAGGAAAGAAGAUGAUAGAAUGACAUAUGUCAACAAAGGCCAAUUUUAUACUGUUUCUUUUGAUUAUAUUCUUGAUUUACGGUGUCCUCUUAAAGGAAUGACUGUUAGGAGCCAAAUAAUAAUAGUAUUUCGAGAAGAUAAAUCAUUUGAAGAAGAAUUAAGAACUUGGCUAGUUUGGUAUAAACGCCAACAUUCCCCUAAACAACGCAUAAUUGAAAUUGAUGCAAAAAACUCUAUGGGGGCUAUUGGGGGAAAUUUUGAUGAAAUUGCCCAUAAUGCUGUCCAAUUUUGUUGGACGCCUGGGGAACAACCUGGGCCUAAAAAGAAGAGAAAAAUAUAUAGCCAUUUUUAA